CAACAUAUCAAAAUACAACUUUUCAAAGGGAAGUGGUUACACCCCCAAUUUGUGUAUAUACAUAUGCUACCUUAUAGUCCCAUUUCCAAAAACACAAUAUCCAUCCAUCUCACAAAAACUCUCUCAUCAGUCAUCAUCACUCAUGAAAGAAGAAACCUUCUUUUUCCGGUGGCGGUUCUUGGCCUCUGGUCUCAUUUUCCUCUUCCUUCUUCCUCAAGCUUUCACUUACAAUACUUAUCCGAUCUACCCGUGCUUCCCACAUGCUCCUUUCCUUCCUCCAAUUGCAAACCCAAGGCUCUUAAAAGCUUUCGCAGCUCUUCAAGCUUGGAAGUUCACCAUAACCUCUGACCCAAACGGCUUCACUUCUAACUGGUGUGGUCCUCAUGUAUGUAACUACACAGGCGUGUUUUGUGCACCGGCUCUAGAUAACCCUUACGUCUUAACCGUCGCUGGUAUAGACUUAAACCAAGCUAAUAUCGCCGGUUAUCUCCCUAUAGAGCUUGGUCUCUUAACCGAUCUUGCCUUGUUCCAUAUCAAUUCAAACCGUUUCGAAGGUCAACUUCCCGAAACUCUAAAAUGUCUCCAGCUUCUCCAUGAGCUUGACGUCAGCAACAAUAAACUCUGCGGUGAGUUUCCUUCCUUGAUCUUCUCCUUACCUUCUUUGAAGUUUCUCGACAUUAGGUUCAAUGAGUUCGAAGGAGAUGUUCCUAGCCAACUCUUUGACCUAAACCUCGACGCUCUCUUCAUUAACGACAACAAAUUCCGGUUUAGGUUACCGAGAAACAUAGGUAACUCUCCCGUUUCGGUUCUUGUCUUGGCCAACAACGAUCUCCAGGGAUCUUGUGUACCUCCAAGUUUCUACAAUAUGGGAAAGACGUUGCACGAGGUCAUUCUCUCGAACUCACAGCUAACCGGUUGUUUAAACCGAGAAAUCGGUUUGCUUAACCAGUUGACGGUUUUUGACGUGAGUUACAACAACUUGGUGGGUUCUUUGCCGGAGACAAUAGGUGAUAUGAAGAGUUUGGAGCAGUUGAACAUCGCGCAUAACAAAUUCUCCGGCUACAUUCCGGAGAGUAUCUGUUGGUUACCAAGACUCGAGAACUUCACUUACUCGUAUAACUUCUUCUCCGGUGAGCCACCGGUUUGUCUGAGGCUUCAAGAGUUUGAUGAUCGUCAAAAUUGUUUACCUUCAAGGCCAAUGCAACGGUCUCCCGCUGAAUGCAAAUCUUUUGCUUCUCAUCCUAUUGAUUGUGGUUCUUUCGGCUGCUCUCCACCUAGUCCACCGCCUCCACCACCGUCUCCUCCACCUCCACCGCCAUCACCGCCGCCACCAUCACCUCCACCACCGCCGCCACCAUACGUGUAUCCUCCCCCACCACCACCGCCACCACAUGUGUAUCGGUCACCAUCGCCACCGCCUCCGCCUCCUUGUUGAUCUUCCACGGGCGGUGCAUGACUAAGGCGUCUUUUGACCUAGUGGGAUGCAAUAGUUGAAAGUUGAAACUGCCAUCUGUUUCGGUGUUGUGUUCUACGUUAUGUAACGCUAGUGUUCAUUUUAUUGUUUCUUGUUUUUAUUAUUUAUUUUCUUAAGAAUUUAAUUCUCAAAAAAGUUGAAUGAGCUUCAAUUGUUUGUGUGGUAAAAAAUAUUAUAGUUAAAUGAAAAUUGAGGUGAGAUAUACUA